ACUUUUCAACCUUAUUUCUUCGGCGAGAGUUGUGUUGUGUUGAGUGUUGUGCGUAACAAUAAUCCGGAAUUUGCCGAUAAAAUUGCAUCUCUCGGGUGAAUUUGGCACCGGCCGUGUGUUCACGCGUAAAAAUAGCAUCCGGCGGAGGUGUUUUCGUGCAGCGAAAGCUAUGCGAAAAUAGUUUUGGGUGUCGUUUCGUGCUCGAUUCGCAACUCGCUUCCCGUCGCUUUUCUUUCGGCUGACACAUUCCGGGAGCAGUUUUGGGUUGUGUUUGGUUUGGUAGUUCUCGUAGGUAGGAUUUUGUUGUUUCGAGAAGGGAAAGAGUUCCAGAAGGUGGUUCCUUUGUACAUCAGGGCAGUAGAUAGCGCACAUUGUGGGGAGCCAUGGCAUCACCGUUGGAACAUUACGUCAACCACGUCCGGACGAUGAGCAAUGCCGGAAACUUCCGAGAGUUGGUGGAGUAUUUGCUGGAAUCGACGGAACUGCUGGCCAAGAAUGGGAACAUUUUGGACAAUGUUUUGGAAACGUUAGACAUCCAGCAGCACUCGCUGGGGGUGCUUUUUGUGCUGGUUGUUAAAUUCAGCGAACCGAAUAACCACGACGAUACCGAGAACGUGCUACGAGUUGUUCGGGAGUUUAUAACCUUAUGCAAUGGAGAGCAGGUCCGGUUUGCUACACAGCCAUAUUUCGAGCUCUGCCACCAGUUCACGUCGGCGCUGGUCAAGAACAAACAGCACACCAUCCAAGGUAUUCAGGUGCUGUCGUUGGCCGUGGAGAAGAUCCGAAUGUGCGACAAUCAGUUGACGCCCGUCCACGCCGAUCUGUGUCAGCUAUGUCUAAGCGCCAAAGUAUUCAAUCCGGCACUGCGUUUCCUGGAUGUGGAUGUUGCCUCGAUUGCAACAACCGAAGACAGCAAUCACGACACGAAGUACUUCCUGCUCUACUACUACUACGGUGGAAUGAUCUACGCAGCGGUCAAAAAUUUCGAACGUGCCCUGUACUUCUUCGAGGUGGCCGUGUCCACACCGGCGCUGGCCAUGUCGCACAUCAUGCUAGAAUCGUACAAAAAGUACAUCCUCAUCUCGCUGAUACUGCACGGGAAGGUCGUCCCCAUUCCAAAGUACUCCUCCCAGGUUAUUUCGCGGUUUAUGAAACCGCUCAGUCACGCGUAUCAUGAUCUGUCCAGUGCGUACAAUAGCUCGAACAGCGACGAGGUGCGAAACGUGGUCAAUAAGUACAGGGAUUCGUUCAUGCGCGACACGAACAUGGGUCUGGUCAAACAGGUCAUUUCCUCGCUGUACAAGAAGAACAUCCAACGCCUGACGAAGACGUUCCUGACGUUAUCGUUAGCCGAUGUCGCCAGUCGGGUACAACUUUCAGGGCCCGCCGAAGCAGAGAAAUACAUUCUCAAUAUGAUCAAAUCGGGUGAAAUAUUUGCCUCGAUCAACCAAAAGGACGGCAUGGUGGUGUUCAAGGACGAUCCGGAAAAAUACGACAGCCCGGAUAUGUUCCACAAGGUGCAGCAGGAGAUCGGUCGUGUGAUGGAGCUGAACAAGCAGAUUAUGAAGAUGGAGGAGGAAAUCAUGCUCAACCCAGUGUACGUCAAAAAAUCGAUGGGCAAUCAAGACGAUGAAGUACUCGGUGGUCAACAUUCGAAGUCGUUCGCUGGCGACCCCACCGAAUAAUGCAACCAGCGGGUGGACUCAACCCAAACGACUGACAACCCAGGAAGCUAGCAGUAACAGUAGCAUCAGCAGAACCAGAAACUCUUUAGCAGUAGUGUAGCUAAGUAGCAAAAACCAGGACGACGUCAUCAUUAGCAGUCGCACGUGCCACAACAGCUAACUCUAUCAACGCCGUAAAAAAUGUGGUAAGCACCCUAACAAAACGAUCAAUUGCUACACCCUAACAGCUACCGCAGCCAAGAAGAAGAAAUCGAGAAUAAUUUGAAACCCAGUUAUACUGAAAAAAAAAAACUACCCCAAGUCACUCAAACAGAAAAGAAAAUUAAUGAAAAUCGCAUCGAAAAUACUGAAAAAAUAAAAAAAACUUAGUUACAAUUCAUACCUACCUACCUAAAUUUGCUGUGCAUGCGAUUUGACGAGAAAAAAGUCGUUAAAACGAUCGCUUUGUUGAAUAAACGUAAAACAAUUUGCAAAUCCGUGGCAUUACUAACGAUUGCGAGGUGGUGCGAUUUGAGGGAGUUGUUAGAAAGAUAAAAAGAUCAAGUUUGCCACCUCCUAUAAGGACCUACAAUGGAAGCGGUGGGCGAAAUCCAAUCGCCCUUCGCGAAAAGAAAAGCGAAGGAGUGCGCGUUUUGUGGUUGGAAGAGAACGAAUGUGAAACCUAUUAAUGCAAAUGAGGGCCAGUGUAGAGAAGACUCUCAGACGAUUGAAGACGAGACUGUGCGGAACGAAUUCUCUCAAUAAGAAGUAAGUAAUUGCAAGAAUA